AAAAGGAGGAGGGGAAAAUAAAAAAAAAAGGGAUGAGCAAAGACUUCCGACACCUGUUUCUCACACUGCCAAAAACAAAAUCUGCGCGCAUUAAACUUCGGCUGGGCUCACUUCACUUCACUCCCCCGGUCUCUUAUUAAGUCCAACUCCUCUCUCCUCCCUCCCUCCCUCCCUCCCUCCUCCUCCGUCAUCCUUCUCCCGUUUCUCUCUCGCUCCGUCUCGUCUCGUCUCGUCUCGCUCCGUCGCGACAUGGCCGAUCCUUACUGGGGGAACUUCAGCGACGCUCGCCUGCCGCCUUACCAGCCUCCCCCUGCUGCCCCCGGGAAACGUCCCCGGACCGAUUUCGAUGUUCCUACCGGUGCUGGCCAUGAUAUCCAAGGUUAUCUUCCCAUAGAUGAUAAUAGAGGAGCCUUCCCUGGAAUCCGGGAUACCGAGUCCCUUGGAGCUUCCUAUGAUCUUUAUCUGCAUGCUACUCAAAUGUCACCAUUUAGUGGGGCACAGCCAACCGGACUGGCAGGUGCAGGGACAUCUGCUCACUCCUUUGAUGAUUUACCUAUGGUGGGACUCACAGCAUUGGGCCAAAUGACAACUAUGGCAGAAAGGACUGUGCCCUUUGAAGCUUGGAAGGAUGAGGUUCCCCUUCCACCAGAUGCUUCGAAUAUACUUUUUGUGGAGGGCUUGCCUCCGAAGUGCAGCCGGCGGGAGGUUUCUCAUAUCUUUCGACCUUUUGUUGGUUACAAAGAAGUGAGACUUGUGAACAAGGAAUCACGACAGACUGGGAAAAAUCCUGUGACGCUCUGUUUUGUUGAUUUUGCGAGUCCAGCUCAUGCAGCCACGGCCAAAGAUGCCUUACAAGGUUAUGUCUUUGAUGAGCAUGACCGUGAUUCAAACAGACUGAGGCUGCAAUUUGCUCGCUACCCUGGUGCAAAGUCAGGUGGGGGGUAUCGUGGCAAGCGCUAACUUACAUUGUCUUGCAGGAAUCACAUGUAUUUGGGAGGGUACAUACUUUAUAAGGGACGAUAAAGAGCCUUGCUGUUUCGAGAGUUAUACAAAUUUCCAAACUGGCGGUUUGAUAGGACCAACAUGAACUGAAGUUUUUGUUAGGACCGGCAUAAGCCACAUGUCCCAUUAUCAUAUUUAUAGCUACAGUACUGAUGCCAUUUUCUGUUAGAACUGCAGACUAUGUUUAUCUAUCUUUGUGAUUUUAUUCCUGUAGGCAUUUUGUUAUAUAGUUGAACAUCUGAAGAAUUUAUUGCC